UCCAUAUUUUAGUGUUGCUACAAUUCUCGCCAGACCGACAAAUAAAAAAUGAACGCCAUCAAAUGUUUGCUAGUGUUAGUUUUUGUCAUGAUUACAAUACCUAAUUUUAUUCAUUGUUUUUAUUCCAUAGUACCCUGUUAUGACGAUGAAGAAUGUGAACACUUAGAAAAUGCAACCUGCAUUGAUUAUAUAUGUAACUGUAAUGGAACCAAUUUAUGUACGGAGAAAUCAAUAACAGUCGUCACAAGAAUAGGAGCAAACUGUAGCAGAAACAGUGACUGCAACAUAGAAUUUUCUCGGUGCGGAAACAAUGUUUGUGCUUGCAAAGAGCUGUAUGUCGCAUCGCCAGACCAAAAGAGGUGUCUGGAAGUUUCAAGCGGUCUGGGAGCUAGUUGUGAAGACAGCGUCCAGUGCUACGAUAGAGUCCCUCACAGUGGAUGUCAAAAUAAUAAAUGCGUUUGUCAGCAACAGAUGCACAAAUAUCAAGGAUUGUGUUAUAGAAACGUUGAACUUGGUCAGAACUGUGGAAGCGAUGCAGAGUGUUCGGCAACACAUUUUUCCAAAUGUAUCAACUCAACCUGUUCGUGCAUCGACGGAUUCGUUGCAAGUACCAGAGGCUCCAGAUGUCUUCCUGUAGUUGACGGAGAGCAUGCUCCAUGCGUGGACAACGUCCAGUGCACAGCAACAAUGGGCGAAUCUUCCGAAUGUGCUGAUGCAUUUUGCCAGUGCAAAGAUUUAUAUCAAGUCAAGAAUUCAACUAAGAAAUGUGUGAGAGAUAUGGUACUUGGAGAUAUAUGCGUGAACCAUAGCGAUUGUCAUGGACCUAAUCCAGGACUCAGUAGGCUGGAAUGCGUUUUAGGAGUUUGCAAGUGCAAACCGUUUUUCCAAGAAAUUAAGGGAUAUUGUAUAAGUGAGGCUUCUCGAAAUCAGAGCACAUCUAUUUUGAUGAAGAUCGGACUGUGUCUAUUUACAAUAUUUUUCCUGUGGAAUCAUUGAUUGUGAUAAUUCACAAAAUUUAUACAUAAAAUGUGAUUGUUGAAUUCAUUCCGAUAUAGUGAUUGUCUUAGUAUUUGGUUUUAAUGAAUGAAUUUUUAUAUUUAUACAAACAAUAAUAUUAGUUCUUAUUUAUUAAAAUACUGUUUUUGGA